AUGGCGAGGAGCAAAAUCCAAGAGCAGGUCGAUUGCUCAAUUUUAACACCCAAACCAAUUUUGCAGGCCUCCGGAGACGUAUACCGGUUUACGGAUUUCAUGGUCAAAGAUAUCUCAUCUGGCAAGUGUUUUUGUGCUGAUUAUCUAAUAACGGCAGGAGCUCUUAAUCUUUUUUGUAUGAGAUCCUAG